AUGGCUGAUUCGCCCGCCGUAUCAGUCCCUCUCGACCCGAGAGAACAGCCUAUCUUGGACCGGCUCUUGGUGAUUCGUGACGCCCUCUUGCUUCUUAAACAGGAUAAAUCGAGAUAUAUCAAGUCUCAAGACGUGCUGUACUAUCAUGACCAGGUGGUUGAGCAAGUCCAGAAGUUGAACAGCAUCCGUUCGGACAAUCAACUACAACAUAAUCGAGGUUCGCCCCAUCCCCAUAUUCCAACUUUUGGCCCUUGCACAGGUGCAGUUAGUCUGAUAUGUGCUCAUGUCGCAGUUGAUAAUGUUCUGGAUGAUUGCUUCCAGCUGAUUUCUUUGCUAUUUCUUACUGUCGGGAGGAAUAAUGAAGCGCCUGCAGCAUAUGCAAUGGCUUCCACAAUUAAGCGCCUGCUCGACCAUCUAAAGGAGGCUGCAUUUUUCAGCCAGAAGGACUUGGAUUCGAUCUCUAAAACUCUAGAUACAAUGCAAGGAAACAUUGAUCGAGGGAAAGAUACAUAUUCAACUGAUCUAUUGAAGCUUUUGGGAGUUCGUUUGGAAACCUGUCGAAAACUGUUAGGAGAGCUACAACAUGACCUUUCCUUCUUGUCGCCCGAACUCGUCCCGACCCACGAGAUUUUGGUAUCCAUUUUAAGAUCCACAUCUGCCGCAAACACGCGGUCAAAGUUUUCGUAUUCUGAGGUCUUGACCUUCCAGGAACAACUGAAGGGUAUGAAAGCCUCUAUGAAAGAUGGUAACUUUUUGGGCCCUGGUGACUCCAUCCCUGCCGGCCAAGGGAUUGUUAAAGUUUUGUUGGAAAGAUGUCUGAAUUGGGUAGAAAUUGUUCUCGAAAGACAGGGUCGAAUCGACGAACGAUUCAAGGAGUCUUACGAUAAGCUCCUGGAGAUCCGAAACCAGCUCGACCGCCUUGCUAUGACCCAGGCCUGGUCACUACGGGAGACCGAUUUAUUUAUGUACCAAAGAAAAUUAAAUAUGUUUGACGAAUCUCGAGUUGAUGGGAACUUUCUUGACAAGGAUGGGAAGCCGGCUGAUAUUCAUGCUCAAAGGACGCUUUUGUAUCUGAUUCGGCGGAGCUAUGCGUUAAUAUACGGCUUGCUUAUUUCGUCUGAGCCUGUUUCAGAAGCUCUCUUACCAAUUUAUAAUCAACUUCAAACUCUGAGGAAAUGCCUUCUUGAAGUUAAGGACUCAGGGGGGGUUUCUAAUUCAAGAGAGCUUUACCCAUACAGUAUGAAGCUAAACUCCAUCGACAACAUGAGAAUCGAUGGAAAAUUCUAUGUGGGGAAUGAUCUACCUGAAGGUCAAGGUAGCGUUAACGAACUUCUUGCACAAUGCUAUGAUCUCUGCUAUGAAUUGAGAGCCCAAUCGGAAGAAACUGCCGAAAGCUAA